GAGUCUGCUGCAGUCAGUCCAGGAGGCCUUGGAGGAACGGAGCCUGACCAUGAAGCCGGCUCUGGAGGACCAGGUCUUGGACUCCCCAGAGGAUGGAACGGGAACUAUCAAGCGGUCACCAUUCGGGGGCCCCGGGCCCCCGAAGCCUGAUGACUCGGACUCUCCCGGCUCUCCUCCGGCAGAGACACCGGACCCGCCUCUGCCCCGCUCGGAGACGCCGCCGCUGCUCUCUUCUGAGUGGGCCACCAUGAAGCGGAAAGAAGACACUGAGAGAUCCUCCUGCCACGGCCUUCCCCCGACCCCCAAAGUUCAUAUGGGCGCCUGCUUCUCCAAAGUCUUCAACGGCUGCCCGCUGCAGAUUCACGCCGCCGUCACCUGGAUCCACCCCGUCACCCGAGACCAGUUCUUGGUGGUGGGGGCCGAGGAGGGGAUCUACACCCUCAACCUGCACGAGCUCCACGAGGACACUUUGGAGAAG